UCUCACAGUAUUUCAAACAGAAAGAAAUUGCUUUCGUAUAUACAUUCAAAUUUACUGAGCUCCUCAGCUGUCGUGAGAGGACCUUUUGGAGAUCGAAGAGUUGUUUAUUGCGAUUAUACAGCCUCGGGAUUAAGUCUUAAAUUUUUUGAAGAGUUUAUUUCGAAUGAAGUUCUUCCUCAAUAUGCUAACGUUCAUUCAUUUCUUGCCGGAAUGUCUUGCCAGACCACUUCAUAUAGAAAUGAUGCAAAAAACAUAAUUAAAGAGGCAGUUAACGCAUCAGAUGAUGAUGCAUUAAUAUUUUGUGGAAGUGGAACCACGGGUGCAAUUCAUAAACUUAUUCAUAACAUCAACUUAAAUGAACCUCCCAUUGUUUUCGUUGGACCUUUUGAACACCAUUCAAAUUUAUUACCUUGGAGACAUCUUGCACAGAAAGUUAUUCGACUCAAAACUAACUCGGAUGGGGGCCUUUCUUUGUCAUACUUGGAGGAUGCAUUGAAAGCGGAAAGUAAAAUAGCAAAGAAACUUGGGUGUCAAAUACUGGUUUGUCUUUCUGCUGCCUCUAAUGUUACUGGUAUAUUGGUUGAUACUAACGCUGCUUCUUCUCUUGUUCAUCGUUAUGGUGGGAUUAUAUUUUGGGAUUAUGCAGCCGCUGCACCUUAUGUUGAGAUGAAUAUGAAUCCAAUUUCAGAAGGCAGAGACUCUUAUAAAGAUGCCAUCUUCUUUUCCGUUCACAAAUUUGUUGGAGGUCCACAGACACCUGGUAUUCUAGUGGCCAAGAAACGACUAUUUAAGGCUGGUGAAACAUUCCCUCAUCAAAGUGGUGGUGGAACCGUGAAUUUCGUCCGCAGGGAGUCUACUUCAUAUUUUAAGGAGGUAGAAUUUCGGGAAGAAGGUGGUACCCCAGCCAUUAUCGAAUCAAUUCGAGCUGGAAUGGUGAUUCAACUCAAGGAAGCUAUCGGUUCAAGACUGAUUCAGAAGCGUGAAGAGGAUUUAGUCCAAUUAGCAUGGAGCAGAUUUGCUGAAUGUCCUAAUCUUGUUAUUCUGGGAGGAAGUAAGGCUAAAAGAAUUGCCAUUUUCUCCUUCCUGGUUCGUCAUACACGCAGUAGUUAUGUCAAGGAUCCUAAGUAUAGAGAGGAAAAUUGUCUAUUUAUUCAUCACGAUUUCAUCUGCGCUCUCUUGAACGAUUUAUUUGGAAUUCAAUCUCGAUCGGGCUGUGCUUGUGCUGGACCUUAUGCGCUGGAUCUUCUGGGUAUCAAUGAAGAACUGGCCAUUAGCUAUGAAAAUACGCUCAUUUCAAGAGAUAAUGAGGAGAUCUACGAGCAUAGAGUCCUUCGCCCUGGCUUCACAAGAAUUAAUCUGCCAUUCUUCUAUCCUGAUGAAGAGAUUGAUUUCAUUAUUGAUGCCACCAUUUUCGUUGCUAAGUACGCCUGGACAUUCUUACCAUUCUAUGAAUUGGAUCAGAAUUCAGGGCAGUGGCGUUAUUGUAAUGACAAGAGAACAGAUAUGAGUAAACAUUUGUCAUUCAUCUCAUAUGAUCAAGGGGUGAUGAGAUGGAGAAAACCUGCCUCCAAAUCUGCUGGUCCUGUUCCCUCAUCUUUUUCGGUAAGUUGA